CCCUCGCAGCUGACUUUCGCGGAAGUGGAGCGGCGAUGGAGCUGAGGCGUUGCGGCCGGCUGCUCGGUUUGCUGACCGCCGUGUCGGCGCUGCUCCGGGGAACCCGGGGACUGGAGAACGGGCUGGCCCGGACCCCGGUCAUGGGCUGGCUGCACUGGGAGAGGUUCCUGUGUAAUGUCGACUGCCGGAGCGAUCCCCACAACUGCAUCAGCGAGCAACUCUACAUGCAGAUGGCUGACGUCAUGGCAGCGGAGGGCUGGAAGGACGUUGGCUACGAGUACGUCUGCAUCGAUGACUGCUGGCUGGCACCCAGGCGGGAUGCUAACAAUCGCCUGCAGCCUGACCCCCUGCGCUUCCCCAGUGGGAUAAAACACCUGGCUGACUAUGUGCACUCUAAAGGCCUGAAGCUGGGCAUCUAUCAGGAUGUGGGCACCCAUACCUGUGCCGGAUAUCCAGGCAGUUAUGGCUUCUACGAGCUGGAUGCUCAGACCUUUGCGGAGUGGGGCGUGGACCUGCUGAAGUUUGAUGGCUGCAAUUUCAUUAACUUAGACAUGCUGAUUGAAGGUUACAAGAACAUGUCACUGGCCUUGAAUCGGACGGGGCGAAGUAUUGUGUACUCCUGUGAGUGGCCUUUAUACCUCUGGCCUUUUGUGCAGCCCAAUUACACGGACAUCAGGAAUCACUGCAACCAGUGGAGGAACUAUAUCGAUAUCAGUGACUCAUGGAGCUCGGUGAAAAGCAUCAUUAGCUGGACAGCCACACAUCAGAAUCUGAUUCAGCCUGUGGCAGGACCUGGUGGCUGGAACGACCCGGAUAUGCUUGUCAUUGGUAACUUUGGUCUGAGCAAGGACCAGCAGGUGACCCAGAUGGUACUGUGGGCCAUCAUGGCGGCCCCUCUGCUGAUGUCAAAUGACCUUCGCAACCUCAACCCCGAGUCCAAGGCUCUGCUUCAGAACCGAUUUGUCAUCGCCAUUAACCAGGACCCUCUGGGAAUCCAAGGUCAUCGAGUGACCAAGCAAGGUAACUUCGAUCUGUGGUCACGGCCGCUGGCGGGCAGGGGCUUCGCGUAUGCCAUCAUCAACUGGGCAGAGAUUGGUGGUCCGCAAAAGUUCCCCAUCGUCAUGUUCGGACUGGACGAGGGCAAAGCCUGUAAGGAGAAAUGCCUGGUCACAGAGAUCCUGCCUGACGUCCAGUUCCGGGGAAUCAAGAGCCCGUCGUCUGUGGUGGACUUCUGGGUGAACCCCAGCGGCACCGUCCUCUUCACCGUUUUCCCCCACAGCUCGAAGCCGUCACUCAAGGUGCAGUCGCCGCGGCACAGUCGCAGACAUAGAGUGAGGUUGUGAAGAUGACUGCUCUGCCUCCAGACUACAAUACAGCGGCAGUAACAAAUGUUACCUCUCCUCAUUACGUGACCUGGCCAAGUUUUUUUAUUUGUGUAGAAUUUGAUAUGAGAAUGUUUUGUGUAUGGGGUACAGAAUCGAGAGCGUUGGUGCUGGGGACAGGAUUUUGGAACAGGCAUGAGUUGCAGCGAUGUUCCCAUAGAAUCAUAUAACAAUGAAACAGGCCAUUCGGCCCUAGUCAUCCAUGCUAACCAUUCCUAUUUGUUUCUUUUUCUAGUACUUGAUCCAUAGCCUUCUAUGUCUAGCUGGUUCAAGUGUUCGUCAAGACUUUAACGUUGAUAAUCAUUCAUCCACUCUCUUGGGCAAACACUCUGGGUACUCAUCUCUCUCUCUCGGUGAAGAAGGCUCACAUUAGAUCCCCUUUGAAACUCUCAUCCCUUAUGCCAAACCUGCGUCCUCUGGUUUUAUCUACCUCUACUGUGAGAAAAUGUUUCCUGCAGUCAUUUUCAGUGUGGUUUCCCUACGGAAAGGUCGGCUGCAACAGCUCCCGGACACUUUCCCAGUGGAAGGGAGGGGCGUCUGCUCCUCCCGCAGUCUGGGUUUUGUAGCUGGAACAGAAGUCUGCCUCUCGUUCUAUCAAUAUCGACCUCACCCCGAACGUCCUGCUUUCUUUGUGCUUGGGCUUCCCGAGUCAUCAGGUAAUGAUCAUUGAUGUUGAGAGGGUAUGUGUGCGUGCAUGUGUAUGGGAUCCUGUCCUCUACCCACUGGUGUUCCCCACUGUCCUCUCAUCCACUGGUGUUCUCCACUCUCCUCUCGUCCACUAGUAUUCCCCACUCUCCUCUCGUCCACUGGUGUUCCCCACUGUCCUCUCAUUCACCAGUCUCUGAGCAGACUGGGACUGAACUAUCACAUUCUUUUGCCCUAUAUUCCUCUGGGUUUACAGGUUCUUGUGCAAGACUGACCCAAUUAGUUCAGCUGUCUUAACUCUUUUCCCAACCAUCAGCAGCAGUCCAUCUGAGACAAUAUGGUUGAGUGGUCAGAGCUGAUUGCACGGAGAUUCCCUGCAUUUCCCUUGUCAGCCCCGUCUCCUGACUCUCACACCCACACCACAAGUGCCUCCCUGCAUUCCUGCUGCCCCACAGAGUAGCUACUUACUGAGUGACAAGUGUGAUUUUUUUUAAGAUAAUCAGUUGAUUUUUGCCAUAACCGAUUUCUCUUUUAUUGAGGAAUGUAUUUUGCAAUAGUUCUAUAACUGAUUUGCAGUAACAAGGUGGGAAGAGAUUAACAAUUCUCAUGUAAGGAUAUGAGAUAGAAGCAGGUGUGGGCCAUUUGGCCGUGAAGUCAGUGAACAGCAUAGCUGGUCCUUUAUUUGGAUUCUAAGCCGAUAAUCUAUGAUGUAAUAAACAUUUU